UAAAAGGAAUGAGUACUGCACUGAACGAUCAACCUUGAUCCAAACUUCUCACCCAGAACUCAUCUCAUCUAUUACACUCAUGCUUUGAUAGGUGCUGAAUCGAAAUGGCAUCCAGAGCACUGUAUUCGCCUAGGCAUCCGAUGCUGAAGAAGCGGGAUGGUUUUGAAGACAUUCUGGAGGAGAGGCGACGUUCCAGUGAUCUGCGAUACGCACUGAGAUGCUACACUCCCACACUCUAUAAAGGGCUAGUGCCCUGCAAAGCCAGCAUGCUGAAAAGCAUCGUUCUGCAGUCGGACCACCUACAGUAUGUCAUUAAACAGGUUUCAUCAGAAUCAGGAGACCGCACUGAGUGUGUUGCGGAGGAAGCAUCUCUGAUUCUGGAUGAGAUGGCUCACCGUCUGCAGCUCAGCACCGUUCGUUUCUUUGCCUUUAUGCUCAACAAAGCCUUCAAGAGACUCUUCCGCAGCGUGUGUGUCAAUGAAGAGGGCAUCCAGAGACUCCAGCAGGCUGUGCAGGAACACCCGGUGGUUCUCCUGCCCAGCCACCGUAGUUACAUGGACUUCCUGAUGAUGUCCUACUUACUCUACAUGUACGACCUUCCCCUGCCUGUGAUCGCAGCUGGAAUGGAUUUCAUGAGCAUGAAGUUUGUUGGUGAGAUGCUGCGCAUGUCGGGAGCAUUUUUCAUUCGUCGGUCGUUUGGCGGUGAUAAACUUUACUGGGCUGUGUUCUCUGAGUAUGUGAAGACCAUGCUGAGGAAUGGAUAUGCCCCAAUUGAGUUCUUCUUGGAAGGAACUAGAAGCAGGACAUGCAAAUCUCUCACACCAAAGACAGGGUUGUUGAAUAUUGUGAUGGAGCCGUUUUUUAAAGGAGAGCUAUUUGAUGUGAACCUGGUUCCUGUCAGUAUCAGCUACGAGAGAAUUCUGGAAGAAUCUCUGUACGCCCGUGAGCUGCUCGGCAUCCCGAAGCCCAAAGAAUCAACCUCAGGUCUGUUGAAGGCCCGGCGGGUCUUGAGUGAGGACUAUGGCAGUAUGUAUGUGUACUUUGGUCACCCUGUAUCUGUGCGCAGUCUGACAGAGGGAAAAAUAACCCGCUCUCAGUACAACCUGCUGCCCAGGUAUGACACCUGCAAUCAGCCACGCUCAGAAUGUUUUGCUCUAAAGGCCUACAUUAUUCACACAAAGCAUUUGAAUGUAUUUUUAGCUAGUGCUUCUUCCGUCCUCACUGCCCUCGAUGGCGGGGCGGCUAAGGGGUAUGUGGAGAUCCCCCCAGUCGAGCGCGCUAUUGCGAUGCAGCUCUGCCCGCAAAGCGCCGCCGCCUGGCGGGGUAAUCCGCGCCUCCCGUCCAGGGCCUGUAAGUUCUCGUCCGCUCUAACGGCCAAGGCAUACAGAGCUGCUGGACAGGAACUGCGUACAGCGACGGACCUCGCCCUCCGGGCGACGAAAGUCACAGCGCGGUCCCUCGGUCAGACGAUGUCCACCCUGGUGGUCCAGGAACGACAUCUAUGGCUGAACCUGGCAGAUAUGAGGGAGGCCGACAAACACCGUUUCCUGGACUCCCCAAUCUCCCAGGCUGGCCUCUUCGGCGAUGCGGUGGAGAGCUUCGCCAAGCAGUUUUCCGCCGCACAGAAGCAGACGGAGGGGAUCAGACACAUCCUGCCCCGGCGGCCCGCUGCUGUCAUCACCCCGCCGCCGGCUGCAGUCCCUCCGCCCGCUCGUCGCCGAGGGCGCCCUCCUACUGCCUCCACCUCCGCUCCAGCUCGGCCUCAACAGCAGCCUUCACACCGGCCGCAGCAUGGAGCUGGCAGCAGGAAAGCGGCGCAGCCUGUCUCUGGCCCUGCCAGGCCCGUAAAGCCUCCGCCCGCUCGUCGCCGAGGGUGCCCUCCUACUGCCUCCACCUACGCUCCAGCUCGGCCUCAACAGCAGCCUCCACGAGCUGGCAGCAGGAAAGCGGCGCAGCCUGUCUCUGCCCCUGCCAGGCCCAUAAAGCGCCAGGCGAUCGACCUGAAGGACGCGUACUUUCAUGUUUCGAUCCUCCCUGGACACAGGCCGUUUCUCCGCUUCGCAUUUGAAGGGCGAGCAUAUCAGUACAAGGUCCUCCCCUUCGGGCUAUCCCUGUCGCCUCGUGUCUUCACCAAGGUCAUGGAGGCAACCCUCGUUCCAUUGAGGCAAAGAGGCAUUCGCAUUCUCAACUACCUCAACGACUGGCUCAUACUGGCCCAGUUUCGAGCGCAGUUGUGCGAACACAGGGACGUGGAUGUGGCUUCCGUAGCGUUCCCCUACUUGGGUACGCUUUCCCAGUGUUAUCCAAUGUCCCACUAUUUUACCAAUCACAAAGCCAUUUGUGUUCUAGACGACGUCUACAACUGUUUCAACUUUCUGAGAAACAUGUUCUCCAAUGAAUUUAUUCUUUGCCCUGGGGACUCGGUUCAGGACUUUGAAGAAGCGUGUUAUUUGCUCAUGAAGCGUGGAGUGUUGCAGGUAUCGGAGCAUGAGAUUGUGAUGUCAGCGAGCGGUCACAGCACCCUCGCUUUCCUGUCUUCAGUUCUGGACCCCUUCCUGCAGGGAUACCAGGUGGUGAGCCGCUAUCUGUGUGAGGAGACUAAUGAGAACCUGACGGAGAAGGAGUUUAUUCCUGCUGUGAGGAAUUUUGCACUGAAACUCAUAUUAGCAGGCCGUCUGAAGUGUUAUGAAGCUUUAUCCUCCGACCUGCAGAAGAACGCUCUAGCAGCUUUUCUGAGACUCAAAGGCGUGAGGAAGGUCAAAGUAGGAGAUCAGGUGACGCUGAAGGUAAACAAGAUUGCAGUGAACUCAUUGGAGGAUACGCUGGGAGGUAAAAUUCCUACCCAGAAGCCCAUCCUCGCUCGACUGUAGUCGUAUACGCACACGUGGAGUCUCUGGAGGGCCAAACCAAACUAAACUGCCUUCAUUAACAUAAUGCCAAAUUUUGCAAGGUGGCAUGGCUUCGCUGACUACAAAGGUUACCUGUCAUCGAGCUUUAAAGGGACGUCACGGGUUUGCCAUCUGGGACGCCCACAUUACGCUAGAAACACUCUUUUUAUCUCUCUCCCUCUCCGACAAGCUUGACAGCAGGUUGCCGUGUCUGUGAUCAGCCUUCGAUCUUCACCGUGUCUUUAUCAGACGAGUUUUAAACUGCUCUGAAGUUGCCAAGUAGAUGAAGACAGUGACACUUUAGAUUUUUUUUUUUUUCGCAUUUGAACGUCCUGUUACCACCGUUUGUGUGUGUUUUAUCUACAUCUGCACUAAAGAGCCUUCGCUUUGAUUUGAAACACUGUUACUGUUUGUUCUCACUGGAUUUGUGUUGGGUCUGUUAUCUUUUCUUCAUGACUUGUCUGAAUUGAACGGUUUUCUUUUGCUCUCUAGAUCUGGCCGUCUGUUGCAUUUGCUACGGAUCAAGGUUUUUAGGGAUCAUGUUACAAAAAUAGGUCACACGAAAGUGUGUUAACUCCUUCAGAGCUAAAGAAAAAUUGUCUUUUUGUAUCUGCUCUUAUAAAAGAAACUUGUAGUUAAAGGAACAGUUCACUCAAAAAAAUAAAAAUAAAAUGCUGAAAA